AUGUCGUCACAGAUUCCUGACGUCUCGGAGAUCAGGGCGCGUGCUUUGGAGAAGCUCGGUCGCAGACCAUGUCUCUGGCAAUGCGAUGUAGCCAGAGCUCUGCUCAAGGGCGAUAGAGAUAUUGUGUGCAUCUCGGGAACAGGAUCUGGCAAGACCUUGACCUUUUGGAUGCCACUUCUCUUUCGUCCGGAUGGUAUUCAAAUUAUCAUUACGCCGCUAAACCUCCUUGGAGUACAGAACCAAUAUGAACUUGCAAGGCUUAAGAUUCCCGCCAUCGCAAUCUGUGGGGAGAGUGCAUCAUUGGAGAAUUUCAAGGCUGCGGGCACCCUUUCGCACGGAGUCGUCGUAUUGAACCCAGAGCUCGCAUUUGGACACAGUCUAUGCCAGGAGUGGAUCUGGAAGAAUCCUUCCUUCACCUCUCGAAUUAUCAGCAUAAUCUGGGACGAAGCCCAUUGCGUGAAGACAUGGGGGAAAUUCCGUCCAGACCUAGCGACGUCUGGCAGGUUGCGCGGCAUGCUACCUCCAAAUACGCCAUACCUCAUCCCUUCUGCGACACUCCCUCCGCCUGAUAAGGCCGACGUCCUCAAUAUUCUACAAGCACGACAACAAAAUCUCCUCCUAAUACAGCGAUCCAAUGACCGCCCGAAUGUCUACCUAACAGUCCGCAAGCUCCAAUAUGCCACGUCGUCAUUUCAAGAUCUCGACUUCUUGAUUCCGGCCGACUGGACACCCGCACGCUCCGACAUUCGCAUCCCACGCUUUGUAAUCUUCUUCGACAACAUCGAGGAGUCAAUAAAGGCUGCAGAACGGUUGCGUAAACGACUUACAAGAGACUUUUGCGACCGUGUGGUGUGGUUCAACUCCGACAACACCCCUGAAUUUCGCGAGGAGACCACGUCUGAGUUCCGCGACCAUAAAUUAUACGGGCUAUAUUGUACAGACUCGUUUGGAAUGGGAGUUGACAUUGCGGACAUCGAGAUUAUUGUCCAGUGGAGGGUAACGUGCUCGAUGAAUGCGCUAUGGCAGCGCUUCGGUCGAGCUGCAAGAGGAGCUGGUAAAGAGGCUAUUGCGGUGCUAUUAGUGGAACCCAAAUACUUUGAUGAUGAAAAGGAACUUGCAAGUCAGCGCGCAGAAAAGCGUCGCGAGGCCGAAGAACGACGCGCAAUGCAGCGCGAGGCCGCAAAGCGGAAACGAGAUGGCUCGGUGUCAGCACCGGCACCACAUCGGGCGCCCAAGAAAGCAAGAGUCACUCAGCCACCCCAGGCACGAGAGGGUGCAGCAGGAAAUAAGGUGUGUACUGAGACUUUCUUUGCCAAGGGAGGUUUGAAGAACUUACUGGUAAUAUAG